AUGCCCAAAAACAGCAAAGCCGUCAAGAGAGAGCUUGACGACGAUGUUACGGAAUCCGUCAAAGAUUUGCUUUCUAACGAGGACACGUGUGACGACUCUUUCAAGAAGAGUUCUCUUAUUGUGAACGAUGUCCCCGAGGAUAAGGAGCGCGACGUUGAAGAGGCAUCGGACGAUGCCGACGAGGAGAGACCGGCUUGGAACAGCAAGCUCCAGUACAUCCUCGCUCAGGUGGGCUUCUCUGUAGGCCUUGGAAACGUAUGGAGGUUCCCCUACUUGUGUCAGAAAAAUGGCGGGGGAGCGUACCUUGUGCCCUAUUUCAUCCUACUGGUGGUGAUCGGAAUACCUCUGUUCUUCCUGGAGCUGUCUGUGGGCCAGCGGAUCCGCAGAGGAAGCAUCGGGGUGUGGAACUAUAUCAGCCCUCGCCUUGGUGGCAUUGGAUUCGCCAGCUGUGUGGUGUGCUUCUUUGUGGCUCUGUAUUACAACGUCAUCAUCGGCUGGAGCCUCUUCUACUUCUCCCAGUCAUUCCAGCAGCCUCUACCCUGGCACGAGUGUCCACUGGUCAAAAACAAAACCAGCACAUAUGUGGAGCCUGAGUGUGAAAAGAGUUCAGCCACCACGUACUACUGGUACCGCGAGGCUCUGGACAUCUCCAACUCCAUCUCAGAGAGCGGAGGACUCAACUGGAAGAUGACUGUCUGUCUGCUGGCUGCCUGGUCCAUGGUGUGUCUGGCCAUGAUCAAGGGCAUCCAGUCCUCGGGGAAGGUGAUGUACUUCAGUUCCCUGUUCCCCUAUGUGGUGCUGAUUUGUUUCCUGGUCCGUGCACUCCUGCUCAAGGGCUCUGUGGAUGGCAUUCUCCACAUGUUCACUCCCAAGCUGGAGAUCAUGCUGGAGGCCAAAGUGUGGCGUGAGGCAGCCACGCAGGUCUUCUUCGCCCUGGGCCUGGGGUUCGGAGGCGUCAUCGCUUUCUCCAGCUACAACAAACGCGACAACAACUGCCACUUUGACGCCGUGCUGGUCUCCUUCAUCAACUUCUUCACUUCGGUGCUGGCCACCCUGGUGGUGUUUGCCGUACUGGGUUUCAAAGCCAACAUCAUGAACGCCAAGUGUGUCGAACUCAACACAAAGAAGAUUGUCGGUUUCCUUGGCAACGAGAUAAGUCAUGACCUCAUCCCUCACCACAUUAACUUCAGUCAUGUGAGCUCAGAGGACUACCAACAGAUGACCGAUAUCAUCCGUAAAGUGAUGGAGAGCGAUUACCCACGCCUGGGCCUGGAUGACUGCAGUAUUAAAGAGGAGCUGAACAAGGCGGUGCAGGGCACGGGCUUGGCCUUUAUCGCCUUCACCGAGGCGAUGACUCAUUUCCCCGCCUCGCCCUUCUGGUCCGUCAUGUUCUUCCUCAUGCUGGUCAACCUGGGCCUGGGCAGCAUGUUCGGCACCAUCGAGGGCAUCAUCACGCCCAUCGUGGACACCUUCAAAGUGCGCAAAGAGUUUCUCACAGUGGGUUGCUGUCUGCUGGCGUUCAGUAUCGGGUUGAUCUUUGUUCAGCGCUCUGGUAACUACUUUGUAGCUAUGUUUGAUGACUACUCUGCUACUCUACCCCUGCUCAUCGUGGUGAUCCUGGAGAACAUAGCUGUGGCCUGGAUCUAUGGCACUGACAAGUUCUUUGAGGACUUGAAGGACAUGCUGGGGUUCACCCCUUUCCGUUUCUAUUACUACAUGUGGAAGUACGUGACUCCCCUCCUGCUGCUGGCCCUGCUGAGUGCCAGCAUCGUCCAGCUGGGCAUGACACCCCCCAGCUACAGCGCCUGGAUCCAAGAGCUGGCUCAGGAGCAGUCCCUCAGUUAUCCGCCCUGGGGUCUGGCCGUGUGUAUCACGCUGGUGGUGGCGGCCAUCCUCCCGGUGCCGGUCGUGUUCGCGCUCCGCUACUUCAACAUCAUCGACGAGAACGCCGGCGGACUUUCCACCGUCUCCUACAAGAAGGGUCGCAUCAUCAAAGAGAGCGUGAGGAGAGCCGGCGAGGAGGACGAAGGGGACGACGCCAGCCUGAUCCGGGGCAAGUCGCCAAGCGAAGCCCCCUCGCCCAUGCCCGCCAACAACAUCUACCGCAAGCAGAGCGGGGCUCCGCCCCCAGACGCAGACACCGCCCCCAACGGCCGCUACGGGAUCGGCUACCUGAUGGCAGACAUGCCCGACAUGCCCGAGUCGGAUCUGUGA